UUCCCUACCCUGGUACAGACCCUAAACACAGGUCUCCAUGUGAUGGUGAUAGUGUUCCUGUUGGUGGCCGUGGGGUUCACUCUGCUCAGCCUCUCAUUCUCUAUCUACAACGCACGCAAGGUUCCCUACCAGAGCAUUAAAGGCCCAAAUGGACUCUACAUCUGGAACACCAUAGCAGGGGUGUUUGGGUCGUUAGCCGUCCUGUGUUUCUUAGCAGCUGUCAGACAUCAUCGGUUAACGGAACGUGUCUCUAACUACCAGGAGACUCUUUUCCAUUUCUCCAUUCUGGAUGAGCGACUGGAUUGGUCCUUCUGGCUGGGCGUGGCCAGCGUCGCUACGCACGGUGUGGUGUGUGUUGUCGUGGCAAUGAGCCGGAUCAAACUGCCCAAACCACAGAACAAGAAACAGUCCGAGCAGCCAACUGUCACCGCUGAAGUCCUCAUGUACUGACACACACACACACACACACACACACACACACACACACACACACACACACACACACACACACACACACACGCUAGUGGGACA